AUGUCGUCGUAUUUACAAGAUCAGGCCGAAGAGUCGGAAAAUGAAGGAUCUGUAAGUUCGGUGGAGUCUGAUGCUCCAAAAUCUAAGAAACGAAAGGUCGAGGACCAGAAGAAGAAACGAAAAAUUGAGUAAGUUGAGGUUUUUGAUGAAAAUUUAAGUUUUAGGCAUGAAUUUGAGGGUUUUGGCAAAAAAUUGGCGUUAUUUUAGCGUCUUACCAAAUUUUUUGAAUUUUAGUGGUGAAUAUAAUUAGAAGUUUAGUGUUGAAUAUAAAAUUUAACAUGUGUAUGGAAAAUUUGGGUAUAUUUUGAUAGGCUUGGUUCAUUUUCUAACAUAGCUUUACGUUUAGGAGUUCUGACGAAGACGACGAUGAAGAAGACGAUGAUGCCAGAGCUCGAGAAGAGAUGAAAGGUUUUGUCGUUGACGAAGAAGAAGACGAUAAUGAGGAUGAGGAUGGUAGUGACGAUGAUAAGGUGUGUAAAUUUUUAUUUGUUUGUUUUGAAGUUUAGAUAUUUUGAUCAACAUUUUUGGGUAGAGAACAUAUAAAAAUUUAGUGAAAAAUUUACUGUUUAUUAUAUUUUUUGUUGUCUGUUUACGUUUUCUGAAGAUUAAAUGAAAAAUUUGGUUUUAGAAGUCAGAAAAGAGCGAGUCAGACGCUGAUGAUCUACUUGACGAUGAUUUGGACCUGGUAAAUGAAAAUAUUGGCGUCAAAGUAGGAGGAAGAGUUCAAAUUAGUGAUGAUGAAGAUGAUCGAGAGAAGAUUCAACGAGAAUUGUUUAAUGGUGCUGCGAAUGAUUAUGAUGAUGAAGAUGACUUUGUUGAACGUCGACCGUCCAGAAGAGAAAGAUCUCGUUCUAGGUCAGAAAGCUCCCAUGAAAGUGAAGAAGGUAAUAAAAUUAUUUUAAGGAGUUUUUUUUUUAUUUUUAGCUGUCUUUCAUUAUUUUUUAGUUUAUAGUGCUUAUAUGUUUUAUUUUUAGACGAUCGUUUUAUUGUUGAGGACGAUGAAGGGUCAAGAAGACGUCGACAUCGCGGCGGUGCUUCAAAUAGAGCGUAAGUUGCUAUACUAUUACUUGUUUUUAAGUCAGUUACUAAUAAUUUUUGAGCUAUUAUAUUGUUAUUUACUAUGUCAAACUAGAUUAAUAUUUUUAGUGAGCUCCGAGAAGCCCAAGACAUUUUUGGUUUUGAAGAUGAAGACAUUUUGGGUAUUAAUGAUAUCCUAGGCGAAGGAGAUGAUUAUGAUGAAGAAGGAGGAGAAGAAUCACGUCAAGAGAAAACCUUACUUAAUGUGUUAGAGCCUGAAGAUCUUGAGCUACACAAAUCAGAAGAUCACAAAAUCAUCUAUGCUGAUAUUCCAGAACGCUUUCAAGUUCGGCCGAUUCCAGUUCAAAAAGCCGAAGAAGAUGAACUUAAAAUGGAAGCUCAGUGGAUAAUGAAGAGAGCUUUUGAUAAUUCAAAUCUAGUGUCACAUCAGGAAGGCUAUGCCUUAGUUAAACAGAAUAUGUCAAACGAAGAUAAACUGAGGAACGAGGCUCCAGAAAAGAUUCAAGAAGCCCUGAAUUUCAUUAGAAACUCGAAUUUGGAGGUAUUAUUUAUUGCUUUCUACCGAAAAGAACAUGUUGAUGAAGUGCUGAGUAUUCAAGACUUGUGGGCGAUAUACGAGUACGAUGAAAGAUGGUUACACCUGAGAGAUAGGCAGAACAGAUUGAAGGAGCUCAUGAGGAGAAUGGAGACUUUUGUUAGUGAAGUGCCGGAAAGUGAAGGAUUGGUACGACCGGUCAAGCCGGAUGAUUAUGCAAAGUAAGGUCUUUUGUAAGACGUUUAGGACUUAUUUUUGUUGGCUUACAUGUUAACUGACUCUUUCUUAAGGUUUUUGUUUAUAUUAUUGUAGCAGUCUGUAUUAAAAAAUUUAUUUUAAGGUUAACUAAAGGGUAAUUUCACUAUCGUUUUAGGAUCGAAAUAGCAGAAACCAACGAAGAAGUGAACGACUGCUUCGAACACUUCCAACUCUACUACUCUAACUUCUUAACUCGUAUGGUACAACAUGAAAUCGAGAAGAACCAAGACCCAGAUCAUCAAGCUCAAGCAGUGCCAAAAACAACGGCCAAAAACGAUAAAUACUGGAGCUGUGCUUUCAAUGGACCUGGUGAUGUGGUAAAACACUUUGGCUUGACGUCAGAACAAGUUGCUGAGAAUUUUGAGUUUCCUCGACACAUUGCUCAGUCCAGCGAGUAUGCACCAAUGGAUGUGGCACAAUCGCUGGUUAAUCAGCUGUUUGAGAAUCCGGAAAUGAUUAUCAAAGGAGCGAAGUACGUUUUUGCAUACCAGUUGAGCAGAGAACCGGCUGUCAGAAGGAGGAUUAGAUUGGUAGGUUUAGUAUGAAGUUAUUUUUUGGUAUUUGAAUUUAUUUUAUGAGGGGAAUAAAACUUUUUUGACAUUUUUGUUUUUGAGGUUUUUUGGUUCUAAUUAUUGUUCAAAUAUUUUUUUUGGAUUUUUUAAAGUUAUUUUCAAUAACUCUUAGAUGUAUCGCAACUAUGCAAAGCUUCGAGUCUACCCAACAAGGCGAGGCAUAGUCGAUAUCGACGAGUCAAACCCGAUAUACCCCAGACGAUACCUCACAAACAAGUCGGUGCGAACCCUAAAGCACGCUGAAUUCCUAGAGUAUCAUGCUGCAAAACAACAAGGUCUUUUGAAUGUGGAAAUCUAUGUUGAUCCUGAGGGAUCAGACACCAACAUUGCUGAAGACUUCAUGAGAAACGAAGACAUUUUUGGAGAAAUGACAGAGACUAGCUUUGCCGCUAUGGAAUGGAAGAGGUUAAGGGAAGAGAGUCUUAAACAAUGUAUUAUGGAGAUGUUGUGUCCUUACUUUGCUAAGGAAACGUACGAGGUUUUGCUUGAUGAGGCUAAGAAGCAUGUCAUGAGGGUAGGUUUGAAGUUUGAAGGAAAGCAAUAGAUCUUUGUUUGGUAUAAAAAUGAAUUUUCUAGGAAUGUCGAUCAAAACUGGAAACAACCUUGAUGGUAGGAAGAUACCAAAAGACAGUCAGAUACGAUCAUGAUGACGAUGAAGAGCGAGAACAUACUCGAGAUGUACGCAUUGUUUGUAUCGCACCAACGGCCGAAUUCAGCGGAGAAAGUCAAGCUGUAUGUCUGGAUGAGAAUGGACUAAUGGUCGAUCAUUGUCCAGUCACGUUUCAUUCAAAGUUCAGGAAUGAGGGGGUACGUUUAUAAUUUGUUGCGGAUGUAUGGGCAAUUGUAACUUAAAUUUGAAAACUGCUUUGACUUUUCAUGAAAAGGUUUGCCUUGAUAAGUUUUUUUGGUUCUUGGCAAAUUUUAAAAUUUUAGGUAAUAAAUUUUAUUUUCAGGUCAAUUGGGACGUGUCAUUGAGGGCAUUUGUAGCGAUGGUCCGAAAACAUCGACCUCAUGUGAUAGCUAUAGCUGGCACCGACUUGCGAAGUAUUGGCUUAAAACGAGAUCUGGAACGACAUAUAGAUGAAGCAGUUAACGAUGAUCGUCUCGAUGUGAAAGUGCCAGUCGAAAUAGUAUCAACUGAAACUGCGAAAAUCUACUGCAACAGCAAAACUGGCAGGGUAAGGCGAUUUAAAUGGUAUUUUUAAAGCUUUGUUUUAAGUCAAAAAGUGUAUUAAUGAUCUUUCUGUGUUGCUAAUAUACUUUUCUUCUAUAAAGCUGUUUUUUUCAAAUAAAUUGAUAUUAAGCAUACUUUUUUUCAGGAAGAAUUCCCACACCAACACCCGAACACCCGCUUAGCUAUCUCAGCAGGCAGAUGUCUACUAGACCCUCUACUCGAAUAUGCAAGGCUAUUCAACAAAGAAAACGACUAUCUCAGCAUAAAACUACACCCAUUACAAGGCGAACUACCUGAACGUGAUCUCAGCUGGGCGUUCCAACGAGAAUUUGUAAACCGAGUCAAUGAAGUAGGAGUAGACAUCAACUACUGUAUCGAAUUCCCACAUACGAAUGGUGUAAUGCAAUUUGUUUGUGGAUUCGGGCCAAGGAAAGCCGAACAUGUCAUGCAGCUUUUGGAACAUCAGGGAUUAGUACUGGACGCGAGGUGGGUUUUUGGAUAAUAUUGUAGUACUUACCUGAAUUUUUGGUUGAUUUAAGGAGGUUUUUUGUUGUUCUAAAUCUGUUUUUGCUGUUGUAUCAAUUGAAAGAGAAGUAUCUAACAAGAGUUUUAUAAUUUUCAUUUUUUAGGUCUAAACUGGUCACGUUAUGCUCGCUAGGACCAACAAUAUUUAUCAAUUCAGCCGGUUUCAUCAAGAUUGAUAUCGAGAAAGUCCGCGACACGGCUGAUGAUUACGUCGAGCAGCUGGACGGUUCUAGAGUACAUCCAGAAACGUACGAAUGGGCUAGGAAAAUGGCCAUGGAUGCGUUAGAGUACGACGAAACAAAUGAUCCAGCAAAUGCUAUUGAUGAUGUUAUUCAACAACCUGACCGAUUAAAAGAAUUAGAUUUGGAUGCGUUCGCUGAAGAAUUGGCUAGACAAGGCUUUGGAGACAAACAAGUCACCUUGUAUGACAUCAGAGCCGAAUUGAACAACAGAUAUGCCGAUUUGAGAGAACAAUACCAGUCGUUACAGGGAAUGGACUUGUUCAAGAUCUUGGUCCUUAAUCCAGAAUACUAUGCCGAAGGUAGGAUUUGAAAAAAAUAUGUUUUAAUUGCUCUUACAGCACUAGAAAGUUUAAAAAUACAAACAUUCGUAAUUUAGGUAACAAAAAUAGUUUUUUAACCAUAUUUUAAUUUUUCAGGCAAGCUGGUGUCAGGCCGAGUCCAACGUGUCCAAAUGAAGAGGGGAGACCCGGAUCGACCAGAACUCGACCCAACAGAUCCUCGAAAUCAAGUUGGAGUACGAGUAAUGUUGGACGAAGGAGUCAGUGGCUUCAUUAGACGCAAAGACUGCUCGGAUGAUCCGGAUUCGAUACGAGACCUUAAUGAUGUCUUCAAACCUCAGAUGCCGAUCAUUUGCAAAGUCAUCCAAUUCAAUGACAACAACUUUUCGUGCAACUUGAGCUGCAAAGGCUCUGAUCUAAAGUCGGCCCAACCAGUCAUGGACGAAUGUUUCGACCAAGAACGAUGUGAUGCUGAUAACAAGAAGUUGGAGAUGAAGAAGAGCAUGAAUACCUUUAAAACAAGGUUUGUGAAAAGAGUCAUCUCACAUCAGGCUUUUCACAAUGUCACACAUGCUGAUGCUGAACGCAUGUUGAAGACCAUGAAUCAAGGAGAAGCGAUCAUCAGACCAUCCUCGAAGAGUAUGAAUCACUUGACGGUAACAUGGAAAGUGGCAGAAGGUGUAUAUCAACAUGUUAACAUUGAAGAAAGCAAGAAAAAGCAUUACUUCAACUUGGGAAAGGUGUUGACGAUCAACGGUGAGGUAGGUAUUUUUGUUUUUUAAACAUAGACGUCGUUGUGAUUUAGUUUUAAGAUGCAAACAAGAUUUUUUUGCGUUUAUCUGUAGCUAUCACGUAAUCUAUACUUUACUUCAGUCAUACGAAGAUCUGGAUGAAAUCCUGGCCCGUUUUGUCACACCAAUGGCAGAAUACGCACGUGAAGUCCUGAACCACAAAUACGCGUUGGACUGUAUCUUUGAAGACAGUAAAGCCGAGAUCGAAGCCAAUAUCAAGGCCCAAAGAGAACAGGCUCCAUCAAGAAUCCCAUACGUCUUCACAGUGUCCAGAGAAUACCCAGGAAAGUUUGUCAUAUCGUACCAACUAAGGAAGUCUCUACACGAAUACUUUACUGUAAUGCCGGAAGGGAUACGAUUCAGAAAGCUGAGGUUCCCACAGUUCGAAUCCAUGAUCAACUGGUUCAAGCUGCACUAUAGAGAACCACCACCGAGGUAA